ACCGGAACGUUUACUGAAUGAACGCGGCCACUUCCGGUUUCUAAAUAGCUCGAGUAGCGGAAAUGAUUAAAGUCGCCGUAAAACUAAUCUGAGCAGCAUUCCACUCAAUUAUAUUUCUAUUUACAACAUUUAACUUUAUUGUUGUAGAAAUUAUUUUAUGGAAAAGGUGUGAAAUUCAUUCGCUGAGACUUUGAGUAUGACGCGAGCUGGGUAGUUUAUCUACUCUGACAGCGGCAGGUGUGUGUGAGUGUGUAUGUUGGUUUGCUGGUAUGCUGACGUUAGCCAAUAAGCUGAAGAGGGAGGAGGGGGUGAGGGCCGGACGUGCCACGGCAGGAUCCAAUGAUGCCUCUCACAGAGUGUCUAUCAGGGAUCGACUCCUCAUCAAAGAGGUCGCUGAACUAGAGUCCAACCUUCCAAAUACCUGUAAAGUGACUUUUCCUGAUGAAAAUAAACUCCAUCACUUCCAGCUGGCCAUUUCUCCAGACGAAGGCUAUUACCUUGGCGGAAAGUUCCAGUUUGAGAUCGAAGUCCCCGAAGCUUAUAAUAUGGUGCCUCCCAAAGUCAAGUGCUCGACCAGAAUAUGGCACCCAAACAUCGCAGAAACCGGCGAGAUCUGUCUGAGUUUAUUGCGAGAACAUUCGAUUGAUGGCACUGGAUGGGCACCAACACGCACAUUACAGGAUGUUGUAUGGGGAUUGAAUUCACUCUUCACUGAUCUUCUUAACUUCGAUGACCCACUGAAUAUAGAUGCGGCAGAGCAUCAUUUGCGAGAUAAGGAGGACUUCAGGAACAAAGUUCAGGACUUCAUCAAAAACUAUGCAAGAUGAUGUCUCUGUUUGCCACGCAAACCUCUCUCACAUGCAUGCGACUCCGUGCGCAGACCCUGUGCAUCCUGACCGCAACAAAGACAAAAUCUUAAACUUUUAAAAUAUAACCUGGGGAAGAAAGAAAGCUAUUACAAGUAACGAAUGAAGCAACAGAUCAGGAUUUGGGGGGAGGGAGGGGAGAACGUCAGGCUGAUACUCUCUCCGGAUCUUCUCGAUCUGGGUUGCUUUUACUUCCUCCCCAAAAAGAAGCUAUAAAGAAGUUCAAAGACGGUGAUGAUGAAAAUGAGGUUGUGAAUCUCGCUGAUGUCGCCUCCGAUGCUAGUGCCUCUGUGUUCUUGCCACAUAUAACUGGACGUACGAUUUUAAGCCAAUCUCUGCCGUGUGCUUCUUUAAACUUGAAAUGUGUUCUUUCGUGAUGUCAUAGAGAUCCCAAAGUUCAUUGGCUCAUUCACGUCUGCUCGUUCAGUCUACACGUCCCGCAGAACGUGUUCCUCAUCUGUGGAUUUCCGAAGCUGUUUCUCAUAACUCGGCACUCGUUUUUGUGUAAAAUCAUCACGUGCACAUGAUCAAGGAUUAGAUCUGUGAGUGCCUGUGAAUGACUAAUGCAUCUGUUUUAAAAUAAGAUCUGUGAGUCAUUAAGGGGUGAAUCACCCGAAAAUAUGCUCAGGUUUGAACCUGAAUAAUUUUGCAUGAAGAAAGCGAAGCCAGUUUUAAUAUUUUCGCAUUUGUGUUGUUUUCAUGACAGUUAAGUGCCCUACUAAAUACUCAAGAUAGUCUUUACUCUAAUGUGAUGCAUGUUUUACUUUUAAGUUUUAUGUAAAUUGUGAUUCUUAUAACUUUUUGCUGUAUUAGAGUGAAAAAUAUUAUAAUACGUUACAUUAAAAAAAUAACAGGCAUACAUUUACAGGCAAAACAAAAAUGGUACCUUGGUAUAUAAAUACUUGGAAAUAUUUAAAUAAAUAAUUUCACAUUGCAGUAAAUUUUCACCCAUUUAAUACUAAAUAAAAACAUUUAUUCUAUUAUAAUAAUAAACUUGACUGUCAUGAAUAUGCCACCAAAAUGCAAAGCGUUUUUCUUUAUGCAAAAUAUCAUUUCUGAUUUGGUAGCAUGCACUGGGCAACCGCUCAGCCACAAGCCUGUAAUAUUACUGAGGAUUUAUUUAAUUUUAUUUUUUCUCUUUAGAGGUGUAUAUCCGUUUGUAAAGUAUAUUAAAGACGAAUUCUACCACUA